CUCUAGGGCAAGUACACAGAAAAUUAUUUUUUGCUGUAAAAAAUAAAAAGAAACGCACAAGACGCGCUCUAAAAACGCAGUUAAAGCCAAAAUACCGACACUGCGACUCCUGCACAGGACGCAAGCCAUAAAACUUGCAAAGAAAACAUCAAGAACAAGGGUUUUUAAGCAUCUGCUAUAGACUCGCCCAACAACAAGAACAACGCCAACCGCAGCAGCAACUACAACAAGUACAAGCAAAUAUGCAGGCGAUUAAAUGUGUCGUCGUGGGUGACGGUGCCGUUGGUAAGACUUGUCUGCUGAUCAGCUAUACCACAAAUGCAUUUCCCGGCGAAUACAUACCUACGGUGUUUGACAAUUACUCCGCCAAUGUGAUGGUCGACGCUAAGCCCAUUAACUUAGGGUUAUGGGAUACGGCCGGUCAGGAGGAUUACGAUCGCUUGCGUCCACUGUCGUAUCCACAGACCGAUGUCUUCCUCAUUUGCUUCUCGCUGGUCAAUCCAGCCUCGUUUGAGAAUGUACGCGCCAAAUGGUAUCCGGAGGUGCGUCAUCACUGCCCCAGCACGCCCAUUAUUCUAGUGGGCACCAAACUAGAUUUGCGCGACGACAAGAACACCAUUGAAAAGCUGCGCGACAAGAAACUCUCGCCCAUUACUUACCCUCAAGGCCUUGCAAUGGCCAAGGAGAUUGGUGCCGUCAAAUACUUGGAAUGUUCGGCACUGACACAAAAAGGCUUAAAGACCGUUUUCGACGAGGCCAUCAGAUCAGUGCUCUGUCCUGUGCUUCAGCCAAAAUCAAAACGCAAAUGCGCACUGCUCUAAUUUUAAGACGCACACUCAGAAACACACACAUACAUAUAUACACAUCCACUAAACAUUGUAUUUGUCGUCAAGUCGAAAACGUAAUAUUAUUAACAAUUAUGUAAUUUAAGCUGAAGGUAGCAGGCUGCAUCUGGGUCUCUCCCAGGUAAAGUAAAUUUUGCUUUGUUAAAAUUGUCGUCCCUUAAGGGGAAAACCCGAAUUUUCUACUAACUAUUAAAAUUCUGUUAAUCGUCUUAGUUCUUAUUUCUUAUAUUUUGUUUAUCAAACUCAAUACAAAUUAAUUUUAAAUCAUGUGCAUUAAUUUCAACUAAAAGUUAAUUAAAAAUUAAUGUUGUAAAACCAAAAAAAAACAAACACACGUAUAAAACUCAUAGAAAACAAGUCGUAUCUAAGAAGACUCUUAGCCACAAUAAUCGCCUCUUUAAAUACAUAGAUUAAUCAAUUGAUAGAUCAGUAAAUGUUCGUUCCAUUGCAAUUAAAAUUAGCAUACAUUACACAUACCUGUAUUUAAAUGUUGAAGAAGAGUAUCAAUGAGAUCUGAAAGCUGUGGCAUAUUGCAAGUAGUAAACACAAGUACACAGCUUACGCAACUUUUCCACAACAACUUUUUAAAACAAUAUAGUCAGGAAAUAUAUGCAAAUAUAAACAUACAUAUGUAUAAGAUAAUGUCCUUCGUAUACUAUGUACAUGUACUGAUUUAAAAUACACAAAACCAACUAAGAAACUAAAAGAAAAACAAAACUCAAAAUGAAACUGCAUAGUUUGUAUUUGAUAUUUAAACCAAGAAAAAUACAGAAACGUCUAAAAAAUAAAUACUAUACAUUACUUAUACAUAAAUGUGUCAAUGGAAGUCAAAAUAAAGCAUAU